AGCUUUUACACCGCGCUGUCAUCUUUUCUUUCCAAUAGAAGCGUAAUUUCGCAACUUUCUUAUACGUUUCUCGUUUGCAUUACUGAGCCAUGCACGUUCUUGUCGCCGCGGCUGAUCACUCGGAGGACAUCGAGCUGGUCUGCAUCACCGAUGUCCUCGCUCGUGCGGAAAUCAAGUACACCUUGGUUUCUGUGACCGAGUCGAAGCACAUCACUUUGGCCCGUGGCAUACGGGUGAAGUGUGACGCUCUCAUCACCGAAGUGUCCGCCAGCGACUUCGACGCCGUCUUGCUCCCCGGCGGCAUGCCCGGGGCUGAAACGUUGGGCAAAAGCGAGGCCUUGAGGAAGGUUAUGCACGAGAUGCGCUCGCAGAACAAGCUUUACGGUGCGAUCUGCGCUGCGCCGUCAAUGGCGCUUGGCCCAAUGGGUCUGCUGGAGGGAGUGGAAACAGCCACCGGCUACCCCGGCUUUGAGGAGAAGCUGCCAGCCGGUGUAAAGUAUUCCCCGCGCGCCGUCGUGAGGUCUGGCAACUGCCUGACAAGCAAAGGUCCAGGAACGGCCAUCUUCUUCGGUCUUGCCGCAGUGUCGAUCCUCAAAUCCCCAGAGCUGGCUGAGAAACUCGCAGGCAUGCUGUUGGUCGAUAAGAUGCACGAGAUGGACGAUGUCCGCGCUAUCAAGUGA